AUGGAGAAGCCAGGGAAGAAGAUUGCUGUAGGGCGGGCUGCCGCGGGACUCUCCGUCUUCAUCGUCAUUGUUGUCGUCCUGUCCUUUAGUUCCAUGAACCAGCUGGAACACCGGGCUCUACUGAACGCUGGCCUUGCCGUCAUCGACAGAUUCACCUCUCGAACCUCACGGACGGCACCCUCAUCCAACUGCUCCGCACCGCUCCCCGCCUUCCGCCUUCUGAUCGGCAUCCUCACCCUGCCGCAGAAGUACGAGCGUCGAAACCUCCUCCGCCUCGUCUACGGCCUCCAGACGCCAAAGAUCGCCCAGAUCGACGUCAAGUUCGUCAUCUGCAACCUCACGAACGAGGAGCACCUCGCGUUCAUCGCGCUCGAGAUCAAGCGCUACGAGGACAUCAUCAUCCUCAACUGCACGGAGAACAUGGACGGCGGCAAGACCUACACCUACUUCUCGAGCCUGCCGCACCUUUUCGGCCCUACGCCGGGCACCCGUUCGCCGCCUUACGACUACGUGAUGAAGGCGGACGACGAUACAUUCGUCCGGCUGGCCGGCCUGGAGGAAUCGCUGAAAGAUGCGGCUAGAGAAGACAUGUACUACGGCUUCCUGGCUCCCUGCGACAACAUGGACGCCUUCACUGCCAACUACAUGGCAGGGAUGGCCUACGUGCUGUCGUGGGACCUGGCCAAGUGGAUCAGGAGCUCGAACUACGCCAAGAGCCACCAGGUAGGUCCAGAGGACUUGCUGGUGGGCGACUGGUUCCGAGCUGGUAAGGUGGCGAAGAACCGGUACAACAAUAAGCCUACUAUGUACGACUUCCCCGGUGCUGUUGGCCCAGACCACACCUGCUCCCAUGACUUCAUUCCCGGCACCGUCGCCGUCCACCGGGUGAAGCGCAAUCGGGACUGGCUGCUUGUGCUCUCCUACUUCAACUACACCAAGGACAUCAAGCCAUCCUCUUUUUACCAUAUUCCCUAGCUGCUGGUUGGUGAAUUGAGUGUUUAACUCUUU